CACACAUGGGCGGGGCUAAGCAAGUGACAGGCAGAAUCCAGAAAACUUUGUUAGCUACCUGCUAACUUUGCUCCAUCGUCUAUUUGGCAAUGUUACCAGCCUGACGCAGCGCACCAGCAACCCUAGAAAAAAUGGACUGCCAUGAAGAUGAUGGAGAAUUUUGCAGAUUAAGGAAUUUAGUGCUGAUGAACAGCAAAACUGAAAUCGGAUUACGAGUGCAGCGGUUUUUGGAGGAAAGGAUGCAGACCACCAUGCUCACAGGUGUGCUGAUUGGAGCUGCAGUCGCAGUCUCACUGAUUGGGAUUGUGGUGCUCUUCUUUUACCGGAGAUUCAAGCUCGCUCGUGCAAAACAGCCUGGUGUACCUCAGUAUCGCUUCAGGAAACGAGAUAAAGUGCUCUUCUAUGGAAGGAAGAUAAUGCGAAAGGUCCAGACGCUUUCCGCGGUUCCUUCUCCCACCUCUACCUCAGUAUCAAAGCAACCACAGCGCAUACGCAAAAGAACCAAAGUUCUAAGCAUAGCUCGCAAAAUCCUGAGGAUCCGCAAAGAUCCUCCCACCCUGCAGCCCAAGGAACCUCCUCCCUCCCUACUGGAGGCCGACCUAACAGAGUUCGAUGUGCAGAGUUCAAACCUGCCCUCCGAGGUCCUCUAUAUGCUAAAGAAUGUCAGGGUCUUGGGUCAUUUUGAGAAGCCCCUGUUCCUCGAGCUGUGUCGCCACAUGGUGUUCAUCGAGCUGCAGGAGGGUGAAUGUCUGUUCAGGCCAGGAGACGAUGACGAUAGCAUCUUCGUGGUGCAGGAUGGACGACUCGAGCUCUGCAUCCAGGAGAACGAUGGUACAGAACCAGUGGUGAAGGACGUGCUCCCAGGCGACAGUGUCCACAGCCUGCUCAGUAUUCUGGACAUCAUCACUGGUUAUCCGGCUCCAUAUAAGACUGUAUGUGCACGUGCUGCAACCCGCUCCACCAUCUUACGUUUACCUGCUUCAGCCUUUGAGUCUGUGUUUAAGAAAUACCCGGAGACACUCGUUCGCGUCAUUCAGAUAAUCAUGGUGCGCCUCCAAAGAGUCACCUUCUUGGCAUUACAUAACUAUCUGGGCCUAACAACUGAGCUCUUCAAUCCGGAGAGUCAGACGGUGCCCUUGUCCAAUGUAAACAGCGUGAUUGGAGAGGCGACUUCUGGGAAGACAACUCGUCGCUUGUACUUCCAGGACGAGUUACCUGCUGGGACCGCGGAGAGCCCCACAGAGACAGAUGGUGUAAAGGACAGUCCUUCACACAGGAAGCCGCGAUCCACCUCGAUGCCCACUGACUGCGCAGUUGCAGAUAAUGACCUGAACAGAGCUUGGGAACGAGCUCGAGUCACUAAAGAUGAAGCUCCACCAAGUCCUGUCACUCCCAAAUCCAGUCUGAAGAAGAGUGUGACGAUGCAGCCCACACCCUCUGAAGUGUUUCACUACACAGACAGUGGGGGGCACUCUGAUGCCAUCCAACUCAGUAAGAGCUGCACAAUCUUCCAGGCUGCUAAGAAGGACCUGCUGGGGAUCAUCCAGCUGCAGGACCCCGGUUUACUUGAGGGCAGAGUGACCCUUCAUCAAGUCAAAGCUGGUUCUGUGGUGGCUCGUCAGGGAGACCAGGAAGUGAGCAUCCAGUUUGUGAUUUCUGGCCUCCUCCAUGUUUACCAGCGGAUGAUUGACCGCGAAGAGGAGACGCGUCUGUUUGUGACGCACCCCGGAGAGCUCGUCGGUCAACUUGCUGUCCUGACCGGAGAGCCCCUCAUAUUCACUGUUCGAGCCCAGCGAGACUGCAGCUUCCUCUCCAUUUCCAAAACCCACUUCUAUGAAAUAAUGCGCGUGGAGCCAAAGGUAGUGCUGAACGUCGCUCACACAGUGGUGAGGAGGAUGUCGUCUUUCGUCAGACAGAUAGACUUUGCUCUCGACUGGAUGGCUGUGGAAGCUGGCCGGGCGGUCUACAGGCAGGGAGAGAAGUCGGACAGCACUUUCAUAGUGCUGAGUGGUCGACUGCGCUCUGUGAUCAUGAAGGAAGAUGGCAAGAAGGAGCUGAUAGGAGAGUACGGACGCGGAGACCUGAUUGGAGUGGUUGAGGCCCUGACGCAUCAGAACCGAGCCACCACGGUGCACGCUGUGCGAGACUCUGAGCUGGCCAAGUUACCAGAAGGAGCUCUCAGCUCCAUCAAGAGGAAGUACCCGCAAGUUGUCACCAGGUUGAUCCACUUACUGGGACAGAAGAUCCUCCAGCAGGUCAAUGGUCCUUUGACAGCUCGCAGUUUGGCCCUCCACACUCCUGGCAGUAAGUGGGAUGCAGGGAACCAAGCCUCCAACCUCUCCACUGUGACAGUCCUGCCUGUAUCAGAAGAAGUACCUCUCACCGCCUUCACCCUGGAGCUGCAGCAUGCACUCAUGGCAAUAGGUCCCACUCUUCUGCUGACCAGUGAUGUAAUCAAACAGCGACUUGGAGCUGCAGCACUAGACAGUGUCCACGAGUACCGUCUGUCCAGCUGGCUGGGCCAACAGGAAGACAUCCAUCGCAUAGUUCUUUACCAGACGGACUACACACUGACCCCGUGGACACAGCGGUGCAUCCGUCAGGCCGACUGCAUCAUUAUCGUGGGACUAGGAGAGCAGGACCCUGCAGUUGGCGAGCUGGAGCGUAUGUUGGAAGCAAGUGCUGUGCGCGCCCAAAAGCAGCUGGUGCUGUUGCACAGAGAAGACGGCCCCCCACCCAAAGGAACUGUGGACUGGCUCAACAUGAGGAGCUGGAUCUCCAGACACUUCCACCUCUUUUGUCCCCGAAGGGUCUUCUCUAAGAGGAGUCUGCCCAAACUGUUGGAGCUGUAUCAACGUGUGCUCUUGAAGCCAGCAGACCGUCACUCAGACUUCUCCCGCCUGGCUCGAGUCCUUACGGGCAAUGCUAUUGCUCUUAUCCUGGGAGGAGGAGGGGCCAGGGGCUGUUCCCAGGUGGGGAUAAUGCGAGCUCUCUGCGAAGCCGGCAUCCCAGUGGACCUCAUCGGUGGCACCUCUAUCGGGUCCCUGAUGGGGGCAAUAUAUGCUGAGGACCGUAGCUACAGCCGCAUGAGGAUGAGGGCCAAAGAAUGGGCAAUGGGAAUGACAUCGGUGUUUAAGAAGGUUCUGGACUUGACGUACCCAGUGACCUCCAUGUUCUCCGGCGCUGCCUUCAACUCAAGCAUCAGCAAUGUCUUCAAGAGCAAACAGAUUGAGGACCUUCGGCUCCCAUAUUUCAAUAUUACGACUGACAUCACUGCCUCUGCCAUGAGAGUGCACACUGAUGGUUCUCUGUGGCGGUAUGUUCGUGCCAGCAUGUCUCUGUCUGGGUAUCUGCCUCCUCUCUGCGACCCCAAAGAUGGACACCUGCUGAUGGAUGGAGGCUACAUCAACAACCUGCCAGCUGAUGUGGCGCGCUCCAUGGGGGCCAAAGUGGUGAUAGCUAUCGACGUGGGCAGCCGGGAUGAAACCAACCUCACUAAUUACGGCGACUCGCUCUCAGGCUGGUGGCUGCUAUGGAAACGCCUCAACCCCCUAGCUGAGAAAGUAAAGGUGUUAAACAUGGCAGAGAUUCAGACUCGGCUGGCCUACGUGUGCUGCGUCAGGCAGCUGGAGUCUGUGAAGAGCAGCGACUACUGCGAGUACAUCAGACCUCCGAUCGACAGAUACAGAACACUGGAGUUCGGCAAGUUUGAUGAGAUUGCUGAGGUGGGAUACCAGCACGGAAAGACUGUGUUCGACGUGUGGACGCGCAGUGGAGUGGUGGAGAAAAUGUUGAAAGACCGACACCAGGAGGAGUUCCACAACACCCAAAGCAAGAACAAUGUGCUGACUUGUCCCAAUGCUUCCUUUACUGACCUGGCAGAAAUUGUGUCCCGCAUUGAGCCCGUCAAACCUGCUCUGGUUGAUGAGGAGUCAGACUACCACACUGACUAUGACGAGGAGGCACUGGAGAGCGCUCUGUCUGACAUGGAGCUAUAUAAUCGCUAUGGAGAGCACACUGAAGGGGAGGAGACUGCUGACACGGAUGAAGAGCUUGAAGGAAGACGUGCGCGCCACAUUACCUCAUUCACCAGCAGCCAGUCUCCCACCGUGUCUGACAGUCCCUCAAACCAGGAAGUCCUGUCCAAAUAGUCCAUCAAGUGAAGAUCGCUCUCAUGAACUCUACCCGAUCAGGUCAUCACAAUUUAACCUGCCCGUCUUUCACCCUCCAGUCUGUCCCAUAAAACCUGUCCCUGAGACUGUCAGCACGACUGCCAUUACUGCGUUGCCCUCUGUAACCUGCCGUCGUUAGCUGUGUGGCUGACAUGACAAAUGGACGGCCCCUUUUAAAAAUAAUUAUUACAGGCAGCUAGUAGCGCAUUUACUCAGCUGCAAAUCCUAUGCAUUGCUACUAGACCAGAGCAGCUGCACGUCUCAUCGUUUCUCAUAUUGAGACAGUCGAGAGUAGUUUCUGUAGCUUUACAUGAAUUACACCAGUCCGGUCGGAUAGAAGGGAGAGGUCAGGACAUUUCCAUUCAAUAUUUAUUACAUGAACCCAGGUGGAAGCUAUGACUCUCGCUUGAUUGCACUUAGAGAAGUGGGGAAAAAAAAGUUAAUUCUUAGGUGAGCACCUUAAAUCUGUCUCUGUAGAUGGUUUUGAUAAGAUUUUCCCAGGUUUUUACAUAUUCAUUUGGGAUUUCUGCCACAUAGAGCUUUAAAAGUGUUGUAUUUCUGGCUAAUUUUGACCCUUUCUUUUCAAAUUUGGCUAAAAUUCUCUCCACAGUAAUUUGAUGAGCGGUCGCGUGAAGCUAUUACUUUAUUUUUAGGGGUCACAAGUCAAACAUAUUGGGAAACGCUGCUCUGAAUAAUCUGCAUGACACACUGUCAGCAGUUUUCAUUGGGACUGAUUCCACAGUGGAAAGUAGAUCCAGUUGUAUUUGAAGUGGCAGAAAUCUCAGAAACUUGGGCAAAGAACACCAAAAGUAUCUAGUACUUAUACACAUGUAGUACUUAUACAUGUAUCUAGUACUUAUACAUGUAUCUAGUACUUAUACAUGUAAGUAUCUCAGUGGCCACUUUAUCAGGUAUACCUGUACAAUACAACAGCUGCCAUAACAUCACAUUCACAAAGCUCAGUAACAUUGCUGGAAAUGUGUAAUUUUAAUAGUAAAAGUAGUUAAAGGUUGUGUUGUGCUGGACUACAUUAUACUGGGAGGCUUUACAUACAUGAUGGGGGAAGAACAUUAGAAGCACCUGAGUAUUAUAAUAAUAAUAUAAUAUGGUCCAGUCAUCACUUGCUAUGACCUCAAAGCUAAAACUGAAUUAAAACUCCUAAUACAAACAGACUUUAUUGCAUUAAAUUGUACACGUGUACCUGAUAAAGUGGCAUGCAGGUAUUUAAUUGUUGUGUUUAGAUCAAGAACUAUCCUUUUUAAUGUUUUGUUCACUCUCUAUAUAUCAACACAACUAAUUAAAAAAAACCCCGAAAGAGAUCAAGACAAGCAGCACACUCUGGGUUCAUGGCUGUCAGCACAGUUUUGUCACACCCGUGUGUGCCAGGGACAUGGAGGAAAGUAAUGAUUGCAAUCCACUUCAAAGCUCUAGUUCCCCCCCACCCAUCUGUUUCCUGGCUUGAAUCUAUCAGACACAGACUGAGCAGCAGACAGUGAGGAUCUGAUGGGUGAACUCUAAAAAUGUUGAACUCUGCACCGAGUUCUCCGCAGCAGCAGGACAGUUCUUCACAGGAACAAGUUGUUAGUUGGCUUGUCAAGAAAUGUUUUAGCUUAUUUCCCUCGGUGAUUUGGAUUACAUUUUUCUUUUGAAAACCAUUAAGAUGAAUCACUUGUUUUGCAUACAUAUUACUCAAAUAAGUAAAUUACUAAAUAUUUUCAUAUUUAAGCCAAUAAUGUAGAAGUUACAACAGCUGGACAAUCACUCCAGAAAUGCACAAAUGCUCUAACACAUCGUGAUAUAGCCUUGUUGAACAUUCCUCUCUGUAUGAAACUUUACCAUUUGUAUUGUUAACUUAACCUCAAUCACAACUAGGGCUGCAAGCAACUAACGAUUAUUUUCAUUAUUGAUUCGCGUGAUCCUUGAUUGUUUCAAUUAACGUUCAUCUUUUUGUCUAUAUAAUGUCAGAAAAUAGUGAGAAAUGGAUAUCAAAAUUGCUUAAAGCCCAAGGUGACGUCUUUUAAAUUAUUUUUGUCUGUUCAACCGUCCAAAGACAUUCAGUUUACUAAUAAGUCAUUCCAGGAAAAGCAACAAAGCCUCUCAUCUGAGAAACGGGAGCCAUCAAAUGUUGAUGAAUGGCUGAAACAAUUAAUCGAUUUAUUAAAGUUAGUUUCCCGUUUAUUGACUCCUUGUUUCAGCCCUAAUCGCCUUAUUACCAGAGCCAUAACAAUACUGCAUAACACACAUUUCUGUUUCUGAAAGAAUUAUGAUCAAAACAUAUACUGAGUGGGACAUUUGUUAAUUGUAAUAGUGAUUGUUCUGCAAUUUCUUGUUACUUAUCAGCCGACACGUACGGUUAAAAUAAAAAUAGUAAGACUCCAAUCAAUGCAACUUCUCAGGAUUUUAAUUUCUUCCCACUUGAUAUAGCACCCUGUGAGCCUCACCAUAUGAAGCUGCGAUCGCAGCUAAUACUGGUGCUACAGUGCAGUAAACACUGUGAUCAACACUAUGGGGAUCCCAUAUGGUGUUGGUUAAAUGGAGUCUGGACACAGAAUGUGUGAGAAAAGCAGAGAUAGGAAAAUGUUGUUUACCAAUGAGGUAAUGAUGUUUGCACUGGAGGUUGGUUUUUUUUUUUUUACUUUUGGGUAGUUUCCAAAAAUCGAGCACAAUGAAUUGAUGUUCUCUGGCAGAAUGAAUGUUUUGCUACUUUAUUAAAUGGGAUAUGGUAAUGGAUGAAGUACUUGUGUAAUGUUUGGAAAUGUGCCAUAAAGUUAAUGUUACAAAGCCUUACAUGACCCGUAAGGUAAGACAACCACUCGUGCCCUCAUUUAGCAUUAGUGUACAACGAUGAAUGUUUACCAGUAAGCCUGUACUGUAUAACAUCAAUUACUUUUCUAUAUUUAUGUUAUUUGAUGAGUAUACUUUUUCCUAAUCAAUUGUUACUAAUAAACCACUGUUUGCUGUUA